CAUAAUAUAAGGUGUUAUCAAAGUAUUAUAUAUUGCAUGAUGGGAUUUGGAAAUGAUAAUACGCGCGACAGAUAAAUACGUUCAAUGUAUAUACGGAUAGUUAAUCAAGAGUAAGUUUUUCUACAUUAAUUAUUAAACUUUCAAAACAGACCAAAAUAUGCGGUGAUUUUGUAUAAUAAUGAUUGAUAGUUUUAAUAAACAAGAGUAGAGAAUAGAUGUCAAUCCCUGAAAGAAUUAUUGCUUUCUCUAAAAUAUUAAUUGUAAAAUAUAUAUAGUACAUAUAUAAUGCAGAGAUCAUUUAACGUUUUUAUUAUGGAAAAUUUUAUUAAUAUAAUUUACACUUAUUAUAUUGUUAGCAGUAUCGACAUAAUGGAAGUUGGUAAUUUGAUUUGAGGGUAUUUAUUUACUGGCCUUUUUCAAGUUAUAAAGAUUUAAAAAGAGAGAAAAAAAUGUUAAAUUCCCGUAAGAAAAUUUGAAGUGCCCAGCAAAAAAGGUUGGCAAUACAGCCUUGAAUGGUUCAAAGAAUCGAAAAAAUUGGUCUGGUGUUCUCAAAUCUAAAUUUUGCAUAAUCGCAUUCAUUUAUAUUUGAAGAUUUUAUUUGAAAUUGAAAGUUCUUUCCAUUGUUCAUUAUUCUCUUUUGCAACCCGAUCAAAUAAUCUAUCCUGCAGUCGAACUGUAAUUCUGUAUCAUAUCCCACGCGGUAUUACGAGUAAAAUACAGAAUAAUAAUACGCGUGAAGUUGCUUAUGACUAAUAAUCAGGAGUAGCAAAAAAUGGAAGAGCGCUAGUGCAACACAUCGGAAUUAACCCCCCGAUCGCCUGAUUAUGCGGCAGAAUCCAAAGUUCAAAAUUAAAAAGUAGCAACAAAGCAUAUUACAUACACCACUUAAAAUAAUCCAGCCGACUCAGUAUACAGAAAUCAAAAUCUCCGCAAUGAAGCAACCAUAAUCGCCAAAUCAGCGUUAAUCUCGAGGCAUGAGCGACGAGCCGGCGCCGCCGAUCGCUGCAGCCGCCGAUCCGUCAUCGGGGGCGGAUCGGCAGCAAGCGCUACCACCAACAACGAUCGUCCCGGUACCGGAGCUCAUCGUUACGAACCACGACGAUGAGAGCGAGAAGAAGGAGGAUGCGACAAACGGCAAAGAUGCGACCACUGCGGCAGUGCCGCAGCAGAACAAUAAGCCGUCGCAAGCGAACGAGCAAAUGGAGCACUUUGUCAGGAUCAAGGAACUCGUGAAGAAGGCCAUAGCUGCGAAACACACCUUUAUGAUUCACGGCAGGUCGAGAGUCGUCAGGGAGUGUCUGCUCAGCAGGGGAUGGUGCGAGAAGCUGCAGAGGAAGAACGGUAACCACGUUGGAUUCGCAGGUGAGCAACAGAUUGGCGUCGACUCUCAUCCAUCGACGCUCCUCGCGGGUAUCGGCAAUUUGAACGAGCGCCAGAACGAGCGACUCCUCAUAUCCAAGAUGCUGUCGAACCACACCGUCGACUUUCUCUGGAACGCCGGCUCCGAGUGGACCGGCUGGCCGUCGCAGGACAACAAGAACACCAUCUUCAACAGAUUCAGCCGGGCGAAUUUCACCUCGAAAGUGGGCCUCUGCUCGAACGUCCGCCAGAUGCACUGGUACUACGAGGCCGGCAUCGCCAACACCCUCUUCCCGCGCUGCUACAACAUAAGCCUACCCGACCAGAUGCACGCGUUCAUCGAGGACUACAGACUCACGGCUUGUCUGUCGCUGCUCAAGUGGCUGGUGGACAAGACGAAGCUCGGCGGCGAAGAGGCCGUGAGAUCGUCGGGGGGAUCGGUACCUCCCAGGGCGCUCGACUUCGCGAUAGCACGCUGCAGUGACUUGAUAGGCAGCAAGUCCCACGAGGACAUCGAUCAGGAGCUCGAGAAGGUCUGGUCGCAUCAGUGGGACCAGUUCAUCACUUGGUACUACAAGCUGCUUCACGGGAACGCGCUGUUUAUCGCAAAUACUGUGCCGAUGAAUAAAUACACGCAAGCAGCGCGACACCUGCUGAAGAAGGCGAAAAAGUUCUGGCCGCAACUCGACAUGGACGGCACCAUGAACAUCUGGAUUCUGAAGCCGGGCAACAAGAGCCGCGGACGCGGCAUCAUCCUCAUCAAUAAACUCGACGACAUACUUGCGAAAGUCAACCCGACUAACAAGAGCACGGACGCGCGCUUCGUCAUACAGAAGUACAUCGAGCGGCCCCUGCUGAUUUACGAGACCAAGUUUGACAUAAGGCAGUGGUUUAUCGUCACGAACGCCCAGCCUCUGACGCUCUGGAUGUACAGGGAGAGUUACCUGAGGUUCUGCUCGCAAAAAUUCAGCCUGACCGAUUUCCACGAAUCGAUUCAUCUGUCCAACAACGCGGUGCAGUGCAAGUACAAGAACAGCCCGGACAGAGAUGCAGCCUUGCCGGCGGAGAACAUGUGGGACGUGGCCACCUUCAAGGCGUACCUCAAGAGUCGGGGCGAGGAGGAUGCCUGGGAUGAGCUGAUAUACCCGGGGAUGAAGCAGGGCCUGGUUGGCUCGCUGCUGGCGAGUCAGGAUGCGAUGGACAGGCGGAAAAACAGCUUCGAGCUCUAUGGCGCCGAUUUCAUGGUCAUGGAGGACUUUUCCGUCUGGCUCAUCGAGAUCAACAGUCAUCCGGAUAUGAGCAACUCGACCAGCGUCACCACGAGGCUCGUUCGCAAGGUCAUGGAGGAUAUAAUCAAGGUGGUGAUUGACCACCGAGAAGACUCCAGCGCCGACACCGGCGACUUCGAGCUCGUUUACAAACAAAAAGUGUCUUCCUGCCAAGCUUACUUGGGUAGCGGACUGUCGCUUCACGGUACCCGCAUCCUCCUUGGCGAGAAACGAGCCGAAAAAGCUUCCGUCAACUCCAAUGUCAUUACGGCUUCCUUGGGAAAAAGAAAAGCUGCGACGGGCACGGUGGCACCACCUCCAACCGCAGCAAGUCCCCGCAUGGGACCAGCCAUGGUUGACCUGAUCGAAAAGCUCGAACUUCAGCUGGACAACGAGUUUUACGAGUACCUCAAGCUCAGGUCCGCUCCAGCCAAUGGCAAACUCUCCAGGCAGCUUCUGCCGCUACCUGCACCCGAGCUGCUCAACAAUACCAACAACAACAGUGACAAAAAUUUCCUCGACGGCGAGACCAACACCAGGCACUUCAACCUAAAUCUCACGAGCUCACAAACUGCCCUGAAUACACCAGCUUCGACCUCGCCUGUCAACGGACAUAGGAAUGUUGCAGGAAAACUGUCGAGGAAUAGUACGAAAAAUUCGCCGAGCAAGAAACCGACCAAAAGCAAGCCGACUACUGUCCCUCAAACUAAGAAUACGGAAGCAAUCGAUACUUCGCAAACAGCCAAAACAAUCAUGUCAAAAAUAAUGGAUCUGCGAAAAGAGACGACGACGAAAAGCAAGUCAGCUACUCCGAGCAACGUGUCCAAGCUCUAUCGUGUCAUCAGAGCACCUGAAAAUUCGGCCAUAAAUAAUAAAUUGAUGGCGGCAACGGACAGCCGCAGUACGAAAAGUCAAAAGACUGAUAAAAAGGAGAAAAUGCCUGUCAACACGAAAGUUAUUCCCUUGAUUCCAAGCGGACUCAUACUAUCCGGUAAAAAGAAGGAGAAACAAAUUUCGCGAUCGGCUGUGCCAGAUGGAAGCAAACCGAGUCACGCGAAAAGGAGAGACCGAGCGUUAAGUAGCCAAAUUAUGGUCGACGUAAAGGAUAUGUAUGCUGUUGGACUAGCCGUGAAUAAAUGAAAUACAAUGAGAUUUUAUUUUCGAAGCUUAGCUGCUCAUGAUAUAGAAGAGACAAGGACGCCAGAUUCCAAGCCCUGAGAUUUAACUGUUGAAAAAAAUCGUUAUCAAAUUGUAUUUUCUAUGUACAUACAAGAUACAGCAUUUAUUUUUAAUAAACGUUUUUUUACAAAAUCGACGGACGUCGUUAUUCACUUUUGCUCAAUCUUUGAAAUGUUUUCAUGCAUAUACGUAAUUAUUUUAUAGUUUCUGUACAUAGGAAAAUAUAAAAUAAUUCAAGAAUAAAACACUUUCUUGGAUCAUAUAUCGUCGGUUCCUACGAAGACUAGCACUUUUCACGAAAACACUUGCGGUUUCGGGGCUUUAUGCUUAAACAAUUGAUGAUAUUCAUGAACGCCAAAGUGGUACAUAUUAACAUUUACAUGCAAAGAGA